CGAUGGCUUUGGCAGAGAGGCUGCGGACCACAAAAAACACCUCAGUUAGAUAAUGCGAAUGUUAAAAGCAUGAAAAAUAAAUUUUAGAUCCUUACUCUUUGGCUUUUAAAGCUCCUGUGGAGCAACUUUUGAUUUGCAUUGCUUUUGGCACCAUGUUAACUCUUUGCUGACCGUGUCCUGUACACGUAAUGCUUUCUGAUGGAAAAUCUAAUCAAACUUUCAUGAAGCCUAAAUCCUACUGCAGAACAUGUAAAAGAAAAAUAGGUUUUAUUUGCACCUUGCUGUUAAUCUCGUCAUCUGACAUUAAAAUAACUAUCAAGAAAUCAUAAAUCUUCUUCCCUGUACUCUUUCUUUUUCUUUAGUCAUACAGAAGAAUCAUCAGUGUUCAUCUCAGGCUGUUUCAUAACCAGAUAAGAACUCCCCACAUGAGCUUUAAAUACAACUUUUUGCAUGUUAAAGAAGUACAACUAAGCAAUAAUUCGACUGAUAUGCAGAUUUGAUCACCAAACGACUGAGUUUCAGUGAUUUCAGGAAACCUCUAACAAGCUCGACCCAUAAUUCAGUCAGAACAAAAACAGUGCGUAAUGUUCAGUGUGCCAUGAGCGCGCAUUGUCCUCUGACUGUGUGAGAGGUAGAAACGGGGCAGGGUGAAAGAGAGCCAGCAGCAAGGCAGGCAGGCUGUGCUUUUUAAAACACCCGAGGAGAGACUAUAAAAGUGCUUUCAUGCCCGCUGCAGGAGAGAGAGCAGAGACGGGACGACGCGCAGAUUGACUUUCACGUCUGUCAUAGGUAGAGCAGUGGGGUCUUAUGUGACGGCGUUUCGUUAGGUCUCCAAGGGGUUUAGUUUAGUAACGAGAGUCAGACCUGCUUUAUUUUGUUGUUGUAUACUUUAGUGAAUAUGACGUGCGUCUCAUCCAGCCGCCCCGGUGCAGUUUGACUUCUCUUCCCACCGCACCGAGCUGGAGUCACAAACCGGUCUGCUUUCUACCCGGGUGGAAGUCGGGCUCAUUCAAACUUUUUUCUGGCCGUACAUUUGAUGCCACGGGAAAUGGGACCGCGCCAACAGGAGAGCGUGCCCGCGCUGUGCAGGAAAAGUUUGCUUUGGACCGUGCUGAUCCUGUGGCUGAGCACCUUAGUGGACGGGACCUGGAAGACCGGACUUUACAAAACCUACUCAUCCGGGACCGCAGCUUCCCACACCUCAGUCUAUCAGAAAAGGAACUGGUGUCCUCAUACAGUCACCAAGACGGUGACCUGCCAGGUGCAGAACGGUACGGUGCUCCAGCGGGUUUACCAGACGUGCCGCUGGCCACAGGGAUGCACGGGGGGCAGCUACAGGACCGUCGUCAGACCUUCCUACAAAGUUGUGUACCGCACUGUGACCUCGCUCGAGUGGAAAUGCUGCCCGGGAUUCAGCGGCACGGCGUGUGAGGAAGAGGCGGCCAACCAGCUCGUAGCUCAAGAGGCAGUGAGGAAACCGUCAACACUACGACGCCCGCCUGCACGCACAGGAGAGUCUAUUUCUAAUUGUCUCAACUGCAGUCGAAUCACAGCUAUGGGCGACAGGCUGAACUCGCUGGAGGAGAAGGUCCAAUUACUCGCUGCCCCAGCCUCCGUGUCACAUCGCCACCUUCAGGGAAAAGGAGAAACUGCGGCAGAGGCCUUGUUGUUGAUGGGGACCUCAGCCGCUCAGGGAGCUCCUGGUGAGCAGGGGCCUGCAGGUCCUCAGGGUGAGAAGGGGAGAGACGGGCUUCCUGGCAGAGAUGGAAAGUCAGGGUCUCGAGGGCUGCCGGGUCCCAGUGGGCCUCGCGGGGAUGUCGGGGGGAGGGGUCCAUCUGGAACCCCUGGAUCCAGGGGAUUCCCGGGACCUGCAGGUCCCCGUGGUCCACAAGGGCUCCAAGGAGAGAGGGGUCUACCAGGCCCGCCGGGUCCUCCAGGACCUCCAUCGCCGGCUAGUGCCCGCAUCCCAGAUCCAGACCAAAGUCGUGGAAAAGAUCCGUUCUUCACCAACACUUUCCAUGACUCACGAGGGGCUCCUGUUCCAGGACCUCAGGGCCCCCCCGGGCCUGUCGGUCCUCCAGGUCCCAAAGGCCCAGUGGGACCUCCCGGCCCGUCAGGACAGAAUGGGAAACCUGGAGCUGCUGGAGUGCAGGGUCCCGUGGGGCCCAAGGGAGAGCGUGGGGAGAGAGGUCCUUUAGGUUACCCAGGAGAGAGGGGCUUCAGGGGCGAGCCGGGAGUACCGGGUCCAAAGGGAGAGCCAGGAGAGAAGGGCUUGCCGAGCAAUCUAAAUGGGGACGGGAUACAUCAGAUCAGAGAGGCGCUGAAGAUCUUAGCCGAGAGGGUUUUAAUCCUCGAGACUAUGAUCGGUAUUCAUGAGCCUGAUCUAGGGUCUGGGGACGGACCGUUUGGCACAGCCUCCCCUAGUUUCUACAGAGAUAAGCGAGCAGGUGCGCUUCCAUAUCGACUUGCUUCUCCCCUGUCCUCCGACACCAAGGUUCGAGGGAAGUAGCCCUGCCCCCUUCCCCUCCACCCCCCCCGCUCACCCUGAGGACCACAGGCGGGGUUGACUCCCCUACCUAAAGGUUUCAUCGACACUCAACAGAUUAAGACCUUAUCUGGGGUUUAACUGUCAGAUUUAGGAAGGGGGACACCUCAGGGCACUCCACAGUCCUCCUCCAUCGGGACCCUGAGAACUAGUACAACCCCCCCCCCCCCCCAACCCAUCGCCAUAACUGAAGACUUUUACAUUACACACCCAGCUGCUCCUUCUGUGUCAUAUGUCUUCGGCUCCAAAGCUGCAGCCUCUGAUUAAAGAUGUUCCAUGUGAGGACCAUGUGAUGCUCCUCCGAGGGUCGCUUUAGAGUUAUCAACCGAAGGAGGAAUCAGAUGUGAGGAAACAGACUGGAUUUGAGUUUGUAAUGCUUUCACAAUGUAACUGCAAUCCGAAGAGAUUACACUAUUUAAGUAUAUUUGCGCAUGUAAAGUUUGCAGGAUACAAAAGUACACAAACAACCUCUUCUCGUAGUAUUGGUUUUGUUAUUCUUCUAUCAUAUGGUUUUCAAAUCAAUGUUAUGUAGUGCACUAAGAAGAUGAAGUCAUCUCUCCACUCUCACUGAGAUACGUGUUGCUAACAGUGUUUGUAGUUUGUUCUGGCGUGAGUGUUUCCCCCCUUUAAGUACACACUGAUACGUUCUUUUACAUUUCAUCCGUGCAACAACAAAAAAAAAAGCACAAAUAUUCACGUUCUGGUUUGGUUUAAAGGCGGGGUCGGUCAUUUUCUCCAGAUUGACUUUUCAAGAUUCUGGUUGAAGUUGUCUUUAGGUCCUGACAGACAUUAAUAACUCAUGUUCUCUGAAAAAAAGAAUGGAGAAAAUCUGACAUCUGUAGCAGUUUGUAAGUCUGUAAACAC